AUGUUCUCCCUUUGUAUCAUGCGAAAUGGUCAAUGGUUGUUGGAUUUUCACGAGUCUAUCACUCUGCAGGUGAAGGGGCCGCUGCUACCAUUUGAUGGGGAAAUCGAUCGUUUCAGUGGCUCGCCUACUAUAAUGGGAAGCGAAACCUGCUCCGCUCUGCCAAAAGGCCACUCUUGUGGAGACAAGUCUCCUACGGAGCUACCAGCGCAAGUAACGGAGGACAUGGGGCAGGCGUUGCUUCUUGAAGAUGAGGUCGGGGAUGUCUUGGGAAUACAGGUUCUCUGGUUUCCAAACGCCUUGAGACCGGACUGA